GCUUAGUUUUUUCAUGCAAAAGCAAGAGAUAGAGUCUCUCUGAUCUGUGAACCUAUCUGUGACUGUGAGAGGGUGAGUGAGUGAGCAAGCAAGAACAAUCAAUUCAAGAGCUGACUGAGUUUGUUUCUGAUCACCAACUUGCCUUCACUACCAGACACAGCUCAAGGAUCAAACUAAACAGAGGCAGCAUCAUUUAAGAUAGUAGCUAGAGAGAGAUCGAUUUGAAGCAAUCUUCUCUAUUAGCAGGAAUCUGAAGCAUCCACUUUUCUGAAUUAUAUCUCAUUAAGAUUCUAGGAACAAGAGACACAUUAUAUGGACGAUAAUAAUAGCAAUGCCAUUGUUACUUCAAACAAUAAGUGGAAACUUCCUCUCUCAGUUUUCUUCAAAGAUGCACUUGUUUUUAAGAAUGAUUCGCUGGCGAAGGAGAUACUAAAGAUUGCAAUACCAGCUGCAUUAGCUGUUGCUGCCGAUCCCGUUGCCUCUCUCAUAGACACGGCUUUCAUUGGCCACUUAGGGGCGGUGGAUCAAGGUGCUGCUGGAGUUGCGAUUGCAUUGUUCAACCUAUCUUCAAAGAUUACAGUGGUCCCUCUCGUGAGCAUUACAACUUCCUUCGUGGCAGAGGAAGAUACUAUUCAGAAAACCAAUCAAAAUGAGUCCAAACUCACCUAUGAAUUAGUCACCAAAAAUAUGCAAGUGUGUGAUCGUACACAAGAUGGAACAAUGAAGACUCCCAUGCCAACACCGGAUGGUGCUUUGACUGAAGAGACCAAUAAUGGAAACGAAGAAUAUAGAAAUAUAUGUGAGAAAAAUAUGUUGAAAAGGGUUGAAAGAAAGAAGCUACAACUUGGUUCAGCAUCAACAUCACUGCUGUUUGCCACAAUCCUUGGCAUCAUUCAAGCUGCAGUUCUUAUAUUUGCAGACAAACCCCUAUUAGGCGCAAUGGGUCUCAAACAUGGUUCUCCUAUGCUAGACCCUGCCGUAAAGUACUUGAGAUUGAGAUCGUUAGGUGCACCUGCAAUGCUUCUCUCACUAGCCAUGCAAGGAAUCUUUCGAGGUUUCAAGGACACAAAAACUCCUUUAUAUGUCAUUCUUUUCGGAUAUGCAUUGAAUAUCAGUUUAGACCCACUACUCAUUUUUCAUUGCAAUUUGGGUCUCACCGGUGCAGCCAUUUCACAUAUCGUCUCCCAGUUCUUCAUGGCAUUGAUUCUAUGGAUGAUAUUAAUCAGAAAAAUGGUACUUCUACCACCAGGCUUUAAGAAUUUGCAGAUCUUGAGGUUUCUGAAAAAUGGAGGGAUGUUAUUGGCGAAAGUAAUAGCGGCAUCGUUCUGUGCGACGUUGGCAUCGUCAUUGGCAGCAAGAUUAGGGGCAAUUCCAAUGGCGGCAUUCCAAACUUGCCUCCAAGUGUGGCUCACUUCUUCCCUUAUUGCUGACGGUUUAGCUGUUGCCGUACAGGCAAUUCUAGCAUGUUCCUUUGCUGAGAAAGACUAUGAGAAAGUAAUUGCUGCUGCAGCAAGGACACUACAAAUGGGGUUUGUUUUGGGAGUUGCUCUCUCUCUUCUUGUCGGCAUUGGAAUGUACUUUGGAGCUGGACUUUUCUCCAAAACUAUCCCUGUUUUGCACAUAAUCAGAAUAGGCCUUCCGUUUGUUGCUGCUACACAACCAAUCAAUUCAUUGGCCUUUGUAUUUGAUGGUGUGAACUAUGGUGCUUCUGAUUUUGCUUAUUCUGCAUACUCCUUGGUCAUGGUGGGAUUUGCAACUGUUGCUUCAUUACUUAUUCUAUCAAAGAGCAAAGGUUUCGUGGGAAUUUGGAUUGCUCUUACCAUCUUCAUGAGUCUUCGCAUGUUUGCUGGUUUUUGGAGGAUGGGAACAGGAACAGGACCUUGGCGUUUUCUUAGACUCCACUGAUGUUAUAUGCAUUGCAAAUUUCAUUUGGUGUAUGCUCUGUAUCACUGUUUCACCUUACAGGAUCAUUUUGGUUCUUGUUUCAAGAUUUGAUCACUUAUUACU